CGUGUUUUAAAACUCUCAUUGUUGAUACGUCUUUUUCCUGCAUGCUGUGCGUUGAAAUUCAAUUUGAAUGCAAGUGGAGACAAAGCUAUGGACGUGAAAAUUAACAAGCUGCGGCGCAGUGUGCAGCAGCUCUUGCAGUUAACUGCCAGUGAGCCCCAGGACGAUGUCUUUGUCUUAAACUUACAGAAAUUCCUCAAGAAAAAGCGGUACGUGGAACAAGAUGUUGAGCGUCUGUUUAACAGUCUCAGUCAGCAACUAACGAUGCCGGGCUACACUGUGCCUCUGGCCAUGAGCUUUGAGGAAGAACUGCUACUGCUGCUGACCAUGUCGCUGCGCUGGGAUCCAGCUGUGCACGCGGACCAAUAUAAAUCGGAAUGCAUUGCUUUGGCCAAGUUGUUGCACCUUUCGGUUGAUGCCAAAAGAUUUGCAAAGAGCUACUUUCGGUACCGGCCAGCACCAUUCGAGAAGCAACAGAGCAAUGAGCACGUCCAGAUACCCAGUAAGAGGACAAAAAAGACGCAUACAAAUGGCGUUCUGGAAACGAAAAAACAGCAGUUGGACUUGGAGCUCGUUAAGUGCUGCUACCAGCUGUUAAGCAGUGAUGCUGUCUACUACCGGGAAUUGUGGGAUUGGUCACAGUUUCUGGCUAACUAUUCGGAUAACAGUGUUAAAUGUCAGCUGUCGCAGCUUUAUUGCAAUCACAUAAUGGCGAUGCUGACGGAUAUGUCGAGCACGCAGCUGCACACGCUGAACGCCCAAAUACCCGUCAAGGUGCAGCUUCAAUUCGAUGAGCACCAGACGCUGGCUACCCACACAAAAUUCGAUUACUCAUCAGAUCUGCCGGAACAGCACUUAACGCUUAAGCUGGAGAAAGCCAACCAAUCAGUCACCAAUAUCGAAGGUGUAAUCUUGCCCAUCUUCAACAAGGACAAUCAGACAUUUUAUGCAGACACCGAUGGCUGCUAUGAUCGCAUUGUGAAAGUGGACUCAAGCAUUGUGAAUUUGCGUAGCAUUGCUCUGGGCGUGGCUGCUGCCAAGCCCAUCUGCCUCUCCGGCCCAGUUGGUUGUGGCAAGACCACGCUAAUUGAGUAUUUGGCGCGUAAGACUGGUCGCAUUUGUCCCAAACCAAAGGAAAUAGAAAUACGUGACAAAGCAAAGCGGGAAGCGGAAGAAGAUGAUGAACUACUUAAACCAAAACGAAAACAGAAAGCGAUUAAAAAUGCUGGAGAAAAGAGAAAAAUCGCUGAUGUACCAAUGGAAGAUUUAAUGGUGCUGGAGGAUGGCGAUGGUCUAGCCCAGAGAAAUGGAUUUUUGCGAAUACAGUUGGGUGAUCAGACCGAUAGUAAAAUGUUGUUGGGUCAAUAUCGCUGCACAGAUGUGCCCGGCGAAUUCGUUUGGCUGCCCGGCGUUCUGACGCAGGCUGUCAUGCAUGGCUACUGGCUGCUGUUGGAGGAUCUGGACGCCGCCACUCAGGACACAUAUACGAUAUUAAGCAGUCUUCUGGAACGCAACUAUCUGAGUGUACCUGGCUUUCGGGAUUGUGUCAAGAUAGAGCCUGGUUUUCAGCUCUUUGUAACAGUGCGGACAAACAAAUCUUCAAAUAACUACAGCCAGAAAUCUCUAUUCUCGCUGCUUGAAAAAUAUUUAUAUACCAUCAAUAUUCUUCCGCUGUCCCGCAACGAGCUGUGCAAAGUUGUGAGCACCAACUAUGAGAGGCUGGCCACCGUUGCCAAUCGUAUUGUGGACGUGUUCUUGACCUUCUCCAGUGGCGAUCACAUGUCUGCCGAUAACUUACGACAACAGGAGAGCAGCGAUAAGGCAGAUACCACGGAGAAAUAUGUGGCACUGCCUUUUGAACAGGUCGCAAGCACCGGCAUACCCAACUCGGGUCGGUUGGUGUCCACGCGGGAUCUGAUCAAGCUGUGCCAGCGUGCGAAUGCUCAGUUCUCCGUGACCAGCGCCGAAUGCGCUUACUUUGUCUUCCAAAAUGCCGUCGAUGUUUUUUGCUCGUAUUUGCCACAAAGCAAGGAGAAGACAGCUCUGAUCACAAACAUUGGCGCCAAACUGGGCAUCAUACGCUCACGUUGUGAGCAUUUUGCCAAUGAAUAUAAACCUGAUGUGGAGUUUGGCAAGCAGAGCUUUAAAAUAGGCCGUGCGACACUGCCAACAAUAUCUGUCGAAGAAGAGAAGGCACAAAGCGCCUCAAAGAGACAAAAGUUAACGUUGCAGACGCAGAAAACAAUUUCCAAAUCCUCAGUCAAGCGUGCAACCUUCUCAUUUACUCGCCUGGCCAGCUGCAUCCUGGAACGUAUUGCCGUUUGUGUUAGCCAUUCGGAGCCAGUUCUGCUGGUGGGUGAAACUGGUGUGGGCAAGACGUCCUCAGUGCAGUACCUAGCUGAACGUACAGAGCAUAAACUUGUUGCCAUCAACAUGAAUAAUCAAUCGGACGUCUCGGAUCUGGUUGGUGGCUUUAAGCCCGUCGAACUUAACUAUGUCCUUGCACCGUUACGUUAUGAAUUCGAGCAUCUAUUUGGCGAGACAUUUAAUGCUGAUAAGAAUCUACAAUUUCUAAGAAUAUUUGCCACCCACUUUAACAAUGGACGACACAGCGUCAUCAUACGCACCAUGCUCAAUGUGAGCAACAGCAUAUUAUGCAAGGAGGAGCACAAGCUGAAUCCGCUGCUACCACGCUGGCGAACGCUGCACGAGAAGCUGCAGCGACUGCAAACGCAGCUGGAAAAGAGCAUUAACAUAUCCUUUGCCUUUAUACCUGGCUCACUGGUCAAUAGCAUCAGCAAUGGCGACUGGGUGCUUCUCGAUGAAAUAAAUUUGGCCUCGGCCGAAACCCUAGAAUGUCUGUCCACUAUACUGGAGCCGGAGGGGUCUGUAGUGCUGCUGGAACGUGGCGAUUUUAUGCCCGUGAAGCGUCAUCCCGAUUUUCGCAUAUUUGCCUGCAUGAAUCCCAACACGGACAUUGGCAAAAAGGAUUUACCCGUUGGCAUACGGAAUCGAUUUACUGAGUUCUUUGUCGAUGAGCUGACCACAGAUGCGGAUUUGGGUCUACUGGUCGGCGAUUAUCUGGCCAAUACGGGCAUCCAGCGCAAGUCUGUGCACAGCAUUGUGCAGCUCUACAAAUCGCUGCGACGUCUCUCCGAGCUGCAGCUCAACGAUGGCCUCGGCAAUCGUCCUGUCUACUCGCUGCGCACGCUCUGCCGCAGUCUGCGCAUUUGUGCCCGAAAUUUGUGCGGCUCCAUUGAGCGAAAUCUGUACGAGAGCUUCUGCUUGAGUUUUCUCACUCAACUGGAUCCGGAAUCACAUCAGUUGGUGUUGCUGCUCAUACGAGAUGCACUGCUGCACAAUGCGAAGGUGGUGCUGAAUCAAUCGCUGCCUCGACUGGGCGAGAAUUAUUUACAAUUUGAGGGUUACUGGAUCCAGAACGGCAGUCUGGAAUUGCAGUCCUGUGCACAUUAUAUAUUGACGGGUAGUGUCAAGAAGAAUCUACAGGAUCUGGCACGCAUCAUUUCCAUUGGGAAGCUACCCAUUCUGCUUCAGGGACCAACCAGUGCUGGCAAGACGAGUCUCAUCGAUUAUGUGGCCCGGCGCAGCGGUAAUCGUUGCCUACGCAUCAACAAUCAUGAGCACACUGAUCUGCAGGAAUAUAUCGGCACCUAUGCGGCUGAUGUUAGCGGCAAGCUAAGCUUUCGCGAGGGUGUCCUCGUGCAGGCCAUGCGUCAUGGCUACUGGAUCAUUUUGGAUGAAUUGAACUUGGCCUCAACGGACAUCCUCGAGGCACUCAAUCGAGUGUUGGACGACAAUCGGGAGCUGUACAUUGCCGAAACGCAAACGCUGGUCAAAGCGCAUCCCAAUUUUAUGCUAUUUGCCACACAGAAUCCUCCGGGUCUUUAUGGUGGCCGCAAAACGCUCUCGCGUGCAUUUAAGAAUCGCUUCAUUGAGCUGCACUUUGCGGACAUACCACGCGCUGAGCUGGAGAUUAUAUUGGAGCAGCGUUGCCUGAUACCUGCCUCCUACUCACGCAAGAUGGUGCAGUGCAUGACCCAGUUGCAACAGCAUCGCAAGAACACCUCCAAGCAGGUCUUCACGCUGCGUGAUCUGUUCCGUUGGGGUAAUCGCUAUACGCUGGCGGAUAAGGCGCUGCAGCAGGAUCACAAAUACGAUUGGAAUCAGCAUCUCAUUGAAGAGGGUUACCUGGUUCUCUCCGCCAAAGUACGCAGCAGCGAGGAGUUGCAGCUGAUUGAGAAGACUCUAUACGGGAACUUCAAGAAGCGCAUUGACCUGGAGCUGCUCUUUGAUAUACAAACGAAGCGGGAGAGCUCUGCUGUUAGCCGGCACAUUCUCGACGCCAUACGCAACUUUAAGCAGCGCGGUGAUAUUGUCUGGACGCGCAACAUGACCCGCAUGGCGGUGCUAACGGCCAAGGCAUUGCAGUUCGAUGAACCUGUUCUCCUCGUGGGUCUAACGGGAUGUGGCAAGACGACUGUGUGCCAAUUGUUGGCGAGCAUUGCGCAAGUGCGUCUGCGCAUACUCAAUUGUCAUAUGCACACGGAGGGUGCAGACUUUUUGGGUGGAUUGCGUCCAUGUCGAGGUCAGCAGAAUGGGGAGCAACAGGCGCAAAAACUAUUCGAAUGGGCAGACGGACCGCUCAUCUAUGCCAUGCUGGAGGGUUCUUAUUUUAUGGCCGAUGAAAUAUCGCUGGCUGAAGAUUCAGUGCUGGAACGUCUCAAUUGCAUACUGGAACCAGAGCGCAGCGUUCUUCUUGCAGAAAAGGGAGGGGUAGUCGAGGAAGAUGUGACAGUUAGCGAAUCCAAUCUGAAUAAGGACUUUAUUGUUCAGGCCAAGUCGGGCUUUCAGUUUCUUGCCACGAUGAAUCCAGGUGGUGAUUUUGGCAAGAAGGAAUUGUCGCCGGCACUGCGCAAUCGCUUCACUGAAGUCUGGUGCUUGCCAUCAGAUAACAAAUCCGAUCUCAUAGAGAUUGCACACAAUUGCAUGCAACGCGGAUCAGCCAGUGCCACCAGUGUCACAUCGAGUUCGUCCCAUAAAAUAGCUGAAUAUUUAGUGGAAAUUGUGCUCUUUAUACGCGAUUCAAAUGAAAAAUUCAAGUUUUCCGUGCGCGACAUACUCGCCUGGGCCAAUUAUAUGGUUAGCAACUCGCAUCUCACAUUCGCAGAGCAAGCCAUCUUUGGACUGGAGACUAUCUUUCUGGAUGCACUUGAAAUGCUGCCACAUGAAUCCCAGACGCAAAUCGAGGCACUCAAGUGCAGGAUUAUCGACCAUGCCAUUAGACAGGCAGCUGUCAUACUUGAUGAGCACUUUGAGCUCUCGUAUGUUGAUGAGAAACGUGGACAACAGGUGCAACUGGAUGAGAAACGCUUCGGUAUACGUCCCUUCUUCAUUAACGUCAAUCCGGAGCGGCUGAUGCCCGCCAAUGCCGAGUUCUUGUUCGAUGCGCCCACCACAAAACAGAAUCUAUUUCGUCUGCUGUCGGCACUGUCGUUGCAGAAGCCGGUGCUGCUCGAGGGGCCACCAGGUGUGGGCAAGACCUCGAUUGUGGAGAGUAUAGCGCAUGCGAUUGGCUAUCAAAUCGUACGCAUCAAUCUGUGCGAGCACACUGAUCUCGCCGAUCUAUUUGGCACCGAUUUGCCAGCCGAGGAUAAUCUACUGGAGCGCGUCGAGGCUCAGAGUCAGCUUGGCAGUUUUGUGUGGCGCGAUGGUCCUUUGCUUGCCGCACUGAAAGCUACUCGCACUUGGAUAUUGCUGGAUGAGCUGAAUCUAGCACCACAAUCAGUGCUCGAGGGUCUUAACGCCGUGCUGGAUCAUCGUGGCGAGGUGUACAUACCGGAACUGAAUAAGAGCUUCCAGUUGACAGACUCCACACGCAUCUUUGCCUGCCAGAAUCCACUUAAACAGGGCGGCGGACGCAAGGGUUUGCCUCAAUCCUUCCUAAAUCGAUUUAAUAAGGUCUAUCUGCGCAAAUUAACCACCGAGGAUCUGCUUCAUGUGGUGAAUGUCAAGUACGCCUCGUAUUUUGAUCAGUUAAACACAUAUUUUAAUGCACUGCUUGAUGCGGAGCAGCUGCCCAAAGGCAAUGUUUUUGAUUUGUACAAUGGACACUCUUCGGAGAUAGCUGCUACUGAAAUUAGUUUCGAUUUGGCUAUGCGCCUGGUGCGCUUCUCGGAGGUGCUGGAUCGCGGUGUUGCCACCAUGGAGUUUGGCUAUAAAGGUGGCCCCUACGAGUUCAAUUUGCGCGACAUUCUACGCUGGUGUGAUCUACUCCACAAUCCGGCCACCGGCUACCUUAUGCUGCCUGGUGUCAAUAACUUCCAUGGCGCCUUUCAUGACUUUUUACUGACACUCUACGAGCGCAUGCAGCUGGUCUACUAUCAGCGCAUGCGCUGCGACCAGGACAAGCUUUAUAUACGCAAUGCCUUUCAGGGCGUUUUCAACUGUAAUGCGGAGCAGCUGAACGCUAUUGCUGAGGAUGUGGCGGUCUACUGGACCGCUGAUAAGGUCUAUCUCAACGAUGUGGUGUUGGAGCGCGAGCCGUUAGCUCUUGGAUUAGCGGCACAGCGACAGGAGCAGGCGCCACUGUUGCUUGCCACGCAACGGCAACAGCUCAAGCAAAUUGUGGAAACGGUGCACAUGGAGAAGCCACUACUGCUCUGUGGUGCCACGGACAGUGGCAAAACCAAACUGAUCGAUGCACUCUGCGUGCUUUCCAAUCGUCAGUGCAACUCGGAUAACAUUGAUGAUUCGGUAACGGGAAGUUUUCAACAGGUCGAUCUCAACCGUCAUCUUGAGGAUAUCUAUAAAAAUGUGCAGUGUUUGAUAUUUGCCGUAGCUCAAAAGGCAUUUCUGCAGCAGACAGAGUCGGCUUUUGUCCAACAACUAUGGAAAACUUGGAGCAAGUACAAUCAGUUGAUUCGAUUAACCACCGAAUCCCAACAACAUAGCGUUGCAGAGGAGUUGGAGUUGUUCGCGCAUCGUUUGGUUGCACUAGACGAGAUCAUUGCCAAGCUUGAGCAGACGCCGUUGGAGUGUCGUGUUCCACUGUUCGAGCAACUGACACAAAACAAAUCCCAGCUCCUGCUAUUGCAGACCUACAUUAAAUCUGCAGACUCGCUCAACACAGGCGGCUCCUUUGAGUGGGUUGAUUCGAAUAUCGUGACUUCUUUAAAGUGUGGCCAAUACAUAUUGCUGGAACAUGUGAAUCUUUGUUCAUCCGCAGUCUUGGAUCGUUUGAAUCCCGUGUUUGAGCCCAAUGGCAGUCUUUUGAUAGCGGAGAAGGGCAUCAGUGCACACGACAGCGCAGAGGUGGUGCAAAGAUCGCCAAACUUCCGCGCAUUCCUCACCAUCGAUCCCAAGAAUGGAGAAUUAUCACGUGCAAUGCGCAAUCGUUGCGUCGAACUGUCGUUGUCCAUGUCCAAAGAUGCCUACAGCAUUGACGAUAUGCGCGCCAUUGUCCAUGGCCAGGGAGUGCACCAUACAGCCGCCAUUGACUGCAUGCUGUCCAUACAUCGGAAUAUAGCUCAACUAACUGAGUUCAACUCGUAUACCAUAUCGCAUCUGACGCACUUUGCUUUCCUAAGUGCCGCCUACAAGCGAAUUGGCUAUGAGCUCAAGCGCGCCAUCUAUGUGGCCGCCAUGGAGGUUUAUGUGUAUGCAGCCAGCAUGGAUUUAAUGGGCUAUGGUCUGGCCUACUAUCAGAACAAGCUGCGCGAAGUGGUGCUGACACAAACGGAGGCUUAUGUGGAAGGUGAAGAAGAGCAGGAGGAUUACCUCAACGAUGUUAUACUGCGCACAGAUGAGCUGAAUGCCCUGACACUCAUCAAACUGCAAACGGUGACCUUAAAGCUGUUGCUGCAGUCGUCAACCGAUGGGGAGCUGCCCAAAGCGCAGCUAAUAUCACUUUUUCAGUCAAUGUCAGCACUGGAUUUAAAUCGGUUAAGCGUCAAUCAGAUUAGCCGCUUCCUAAUCUACAUGCUUUACGAGAUGAGCGCCUUUGGUGAGCUGCAUAUGCGACAUCUCUAUAUGCAGCAAUAUCUCAAGGCUCAACCCGAACUACAGCAGCUGUCAUUCAGCUUGUAUGACUGCCUGAUGCAGCAGGGAAAACGAUUCCAGACCAGCUUAACUAAUCUGCCCUGGCAUAGGAAACUAUUUCCGCGUCUUCGUGAUUAUGCCACCCAGCCACCAUCAAGAGAUGCUGGCCCAGACGCUGCCUUGGCGCUUAGUGCGUCCUUGUUGGCUCAGCUGCUGGUCGCCCAGAUACCCAAGCGAGUUGUGACUCAACUACAGCACAUGGAUGCUCUGCAAUACUCACAGGCACUGCUGGAUAAGAAGAUUACAGAGAAAUAUAGCAACGAUUUUCUGUGUCAUCUAUCCAACUUCCUAGAAAGCUUGCAACUGGCAUUGCAGCACCAUUUGAGCGCAGCCAAGUUUGAACUAUCGCAAUAUGGCAAGUUUCUGACCAAGUUCCAUUGGUUUAAUCGGCUGGUGGACACGGCCCAACAGAAGCUGCUUCAACACAAUGAGCUGCACGCUCCAUUGAUGCACAAGCUCGUGCUUCAUUUCAAGUGGUUGGAGAAACAUUUGCUAGCUGCCAUUUUGGAGGCAUGGCCCGAUUUUCUGCACAUUCACGUGGCACUGCGAGAGAGCCUCGAGCAGCUCACUUCCUAUGUGCAGGACACCAAGCGUCCCAUGAAUGUGUCCUGCAAGAUUUAUGCCAAGCAAUUUACACAGUUCCAGCCCUAUUACCUGGAUACUCAGAUAACAUUGCAUGAGAAAGUGUCGCAGCUGCAGCAGCUGCUGAAUGUGGUCCCACAGUAUGGCAACAUGGAUAGCAAAUUGUGGCUGCACAAAUGGCUGGCCCUGCAAUCGGAUGAAGCGCAUAAAUGGCGUGCCUUUCUGCGCACCCACAUUACCAGCUGCCAAAUGAAACAGUUCGAGCUAAAUGAUGCCUGUAUUUGCAAUGGUGAAUUGCAAGCAGCGCUUCGUAGACUUCAGCAUCAGUUAAAGGAACAACAACAACAACAACCAGACCAAGACGAGAGCAUAUUUAUAGAUAUCGAGCAAGUGAGACAGAAGCUGACUGCAAGCUGGGAUGGAGCUGAGGAUGAGCAUCUGGUUGAUUUAAAUGCCGGCGAGCUCAAGUCCUAUCAGCUGCUGCAGGCCGCAUUGCGUGACUACUUCAUGGAUCGGGCGCUGAGCAGGACUCUUCAUCCAGAUUUCGAUGAGCAAGUGAAUCAGCUGUACAGCGAGCAGUUGCUCACACUAAAUGGACAUAUGUGGCAGUGCCUAAACACGCUCAGUAGUGCUACUCAUGGCAACAUCAUGUUGGCCUGGCGUGAAUUGUCCCAGGAACUACACAGUCCGGCGGAGCUUGUAUCGCUGUUGCAGCAGCAGUUGGGCAGCAGCAGUUGCUACAAGGCGCUGCGCAGCUAUCAACGCCAGUUUCGCCAGGCGCUCCAAUGCUAUCAGCUAGAGAAUUUGGCCACACGCUUCGACUGUGCUCAGGUGCCCAGUGAUGUGGAGCUUGGAAGUCGCUACAGCUAUCAGGGACCCGCUUUGAGCAAUGCUCUUCUGUCACUAGUUUGCCAAUCAAAUGGACAGCUGCUCUCGGUCCCGCUCAGCGAGCUACAGCCCUGGCGUCAGACACUGCAGCAGACGCGUCAACUGCUCUGGCAGAAUGCACAGCUGCAGAGCCGUCGGCACAGCCCCGAGGUAAACAAUCUGCAGCUGGUGCAGGAGAGUGGCAGGCAGUUGCUCAACGAAUUGGAGUAUGUGACACAUGUGCAGCAGGAGCAGAUGCAGCAGCAGCAGCAAAUGGAUGCGGGCUUUGAGCGUUGCAUUCAGGAAUUACAGCAGGUGCUGCAACAAUUGCAGUUGCCGCAAGAUCAGACUGAGCCACUGAGCUCCAGCUUUAAUGCGGCACUGGCCAACACACUGAUUGGCGUUCUGGAGCUGUGCGUGCUCACGCAUGCGCCACUCAUCGAUCCCGUGGAAAAGAAUCGUCUGAAGAACCUAUACAUAGCCGAGGAUAUUGAUUGUCUCGUCCAUUUUAGUGCCGCCCACGAUUUUAUGCGCAUCAUCAUGAACUACAAGCACUUUGGCCAGCAAAUCUAUGAGCAAGUGCAGCAGCGCCUGCACUCAGCGCAACAGCAGCAGCAACAACUCAAUCAAAAGCUGGCACUGCGUCCCGAUCAAUGCUUGUAUGCCAGCCUGGUGCAGGAUUUGAUGCACUUCCUCAAAUCCAAUUGCGACUGCGCAGCACUGCACAAACUGAUUAAAGUCAUACGCGAGAACUGGUCACACUUUUUAGGUAAGCAGGCAGCGAGUGAGCAGCAACUGCGACGUGGUGCAGAGCUGCUCAACAAGCUGGAACUGUGGCUGGCGAAUGCGCAACGGUUUGUGCAUCAUACGCUCGCCCGAUAUGAGGCCUACUAUCAGGACUUUGUGCUGCCCAUCAAGUGUGCCGUCAAUCAAAUGCGUUUUGGAUUGGAGCAGCUCAAGCAACUCUUCAGUCGUCUCUUAAUGGCUGGCAGCGCAGUGGAGGCCAUCAAACUGGAGAAGACAAUCGCACAGAUUGGCGAGUUUCCCGCACAGCGUCCAUUGGCCAUCAGGAAUACCCAUGUGUAUGGACUGCUUGCCAAGCUGCCGCACAGCGAGCACGAAUACUUCCGUCUGCUGAAAGCGAAGCUGACCGAGCUGCGCAACUUCAUCAGCAUUGCCUCGAGCAUUGAUGAGACGAUAUUUGCGGCCUACGAUGAUGCGCUAAGCAUCUGUAAUCGCACGUGGCAGCAGGAGGAGCAGCGUCGCAACGAGCAGCGUGCCGAGGAGGAGAGUCUCUACAAGACUAAGACACUAGGCGGCGUCGAGGAUGAGGAACUUGAGGCUCUGCAGGAGAUUGAACAGCAUUUUCCCACCAACCUGGACGAAGAUUUUGCUGAAUUUGUAGACCAGCCAACGUUGGAGCAGGUGCUCAAGCUGGACAAAAAGGCAGCGACAAAAGCGAAACUGGCACAGAUAGUCAACGAGCAGGAUUAUGUAUUCCUGGCACGGAAUUUUAUAGAGUCAAUGACCAGGUACACAACUGUUAGCUACAAGGACCGUGAACAGCAACAGCGGGAGAAGCAAGAACUGCAACUGAUUCAACCCUAUCAGGCGCGACUGCAGGUCUUUGUUCAGCUACAUGGACACUAUAAGACUGCCGUGGGCGCCACCCUGGAUGACAGCGUCUAUAAUGCUCUAACAUUUGCGCUGGCGGUGCAGCAGCGACAGCUGCAGGACAUUCACCUAGAGGAGAGUCAUAGCAGUCCAACUUAUGACUUCUAUAAGGAUUCAAAUAUAACGGAGAUCAAUGGCUGUUUGGAUGUCAUGGAACGCAUUGAAAAGCGUGUGCUGGAGCAGCUGGAACUGUAUCCGGAGCAUGCUGGUCUUGCAGAUAUUAAGCUGGUCAUUUCACGCAUCCGAAAGCUGCCAGCAAAUGCUAGCGUUGUACGCUUCAACACCGGCUUCCAGCUGCUGCGCCAGAAGCUGGCGCUCUGGAACGAGCUGGCCCACAGGAACAACAAUCUGGUAGCGGAGGAGAUUGAGGUGGCGGAGUUUGUGCAACGCUGGACUAAACUGGAGCUGCAGCACUGGCGCAACUGCCUCAACCAAACCGCACAACUGGUGGAAUUGCGAGCCUAUCGCUAUUGGUUCUUCAUCUACAAUCUGCUCCAAGGGGGAGCAGCCGACCUCCCGGAAUCGAUACGCACACUGCGUCAGUUCGUGGAGGCAUCGUGCUACGGUGAUUUCCAUGUGCGUCUCCAACUGCUGCAUGGUUUCGAGAUGUAUCUGCACAACGUGGAGCGUGCGGGCAAAGCAAAAAUGGAUGUGCCACCAAUCAUUGCGGCGCUGCAUAAUCUUCAAUUGUAUUUUGCACAGUUUGCUCAGGAGGUGGCGGACACCGUCAAGCUUCGCCGAGUGCCCAUUGAGAAGAAACUGCGCGAGUUUGUCAAGAUCCAGAGCUACAACAAGGAUCUUAGCUACUUUAGCAUGCGUAACAAUGUGGCCAGUGUGCAUCGCAAUCUGGGCAAGUUCCUCAAGGAGUAUCGCCUGCUGCUCGAGCAGAAGAUCAGCGAAGUGUUCCAGCCCAAAGAUUCCACCGUCAAGGACUACAGCAUGGAUAAGAGCAGGUACAAGCAAAAGUUCGACCUAUAUCUUCUGGACAGCCAGCACUUUGUGGCGCCGCAACAACUGCGCGACAAGUAUAGCGCAGUGGAUUUGGGUUCAGAUUCGGGAUCGGAUUCACUGCCACUAUUGCAGCAGCUGGGCAAACACUUUGGCACCGCACGUAACAUUGUACGCCAGACACUAAGCCACACGGAAUAUGGUCCGCUCCUUACUGAACUGGACGAGUUGGUCACUGCACAGCUGGAGCGUUGCGAGCAGCUGCGCAACCUGAACGUCGAUCGGAGCAAGGAGCGUCCUCAGCAGAAGCUGCAGGCCAAGCAAAUAUUGCAGCAGAAGCGCAAAGCCUUAACCGAUCUCUUCAAGCUGCUCACGCGACUGGGCAUUAGCUACAAGUCCGGCCUGAUGGAGCUCUCGCUGCGCGGCGAGUUUGAGAACUUUGAACUGGCGCCGUUUUGCAUUGAGGCAAUGCUGCCCCAACUGCACUCCAGUGGACGACAAUUCAAUCAGCAGCUGGAUCUUUACUACAUGAAGAGCGUAUUCAAGUUGAAGCUGCUGCAGAACAUUAUGCUUACACCGCUCUCAGAGCUGGGACCACCCAACAUCGAGCGCAUCAAGGGUUUCGCUGUGGAUCUGUUUCUUCACGUGCAGCAGCAGCGCGAACAGUUGUCCACUGCCACCCGACAGUUGCAUGAGUUGCGCAAUGCCCUCCACCAGUUGCGCCACGUGGCUGAUAUUGUGAUGCCGACGGAGGCAACCAUUGAGCAGCUCAGCUUCUCGCGCAAUGCGGACGAGUGUGUGCAGUUGAAGCAUAAACUCUGCCAAAUACAAUACGUCCUCCGGCAGUGGCAACUGCUGCUUCAAUGUGCACCAUUGCAGGCUACCAACGAGCACAGUGUGCUGCUUCCCAGUCAGACACUUCCUCAAGCCGAGCUGCUGGAGCUGUGUGGCGUGAUCUUAAGCGGCAGCCAGGCAUUGCUGUUUGAACUCGAGCGUGCGUCUUUGGAGUUUCUGGACAGCAAUAAACUGUCUAUAUAUCUGCGCAGCUACCAAACAAUUUUGGACAACAUGCAAAAGACCUUGGCCCAUCUUAAUGCUGGUCAUGAGGAGCAUUUGCCGUUGGCACAGCCGCUGCUGGCACUGCUUGCUCAACUGGAAAGCAACACGGCCUGUGAUGUGUCAUCCGGUGAGCCCGUUGAGCUCAACAAUGUGGAUGCGGAGCUAGCAAACAUAGCUCACGGUGUGCUGCUGGCGCUGCAAAAGAUUUACAAGCAGCAUGGCAAGCAGGAGGAGAAGCAGGAAACCGAGGAGGAGGACAGCCUCAAAGAGCAGCAUCUAAAGCAGCAUUUGACAGGUCAAUUGAAUGCCGACUGGCAGCUCUUGAGGAUGCCACGUACGCUAAGCAAGCUGUCCAAUGUGCUCCUGGUCCUAAAGCAUGCCAAUCCUAGCGAGAAGCAACUUAUUUGCUUGCGGCGAGCUGUGGCCUUAUUGCCAAUUCUGGAGCAGUAUCAACUGUUGGCGGAUUAUGUUCUUCUACAACAUCUGGGUACGCAUAAGGUCUCAGCGAAAAUGCUUUCAAUUAUGUUGACCGCAUUCGUGGAGAUUGGCAGCAAGGGUUUCUGUGUGCCACCAGAUCUAAUGCAGGACGAGGAGGGUCAGUCCAAGCAGGACUCAAAGAAUGGCGAGGGCUUUGGUCUAGAAGAUGGCACCGGCGAGAAUGAUGCGUCGGAUAAAAUAGAGUCUGAGGAUCAGCUGGAUGAUGCCAAGCGCCCGGAGGACCGCAAGGAUGAGGGCGACAAAGAGGAGCCCGACUGCAAGGAGGAAAAGGGUAUUGAGAUGAGCGAUGAUUUCGAUGCUAAAAUGCAGGACGUGGAGAAACCAGAAAACGAGGAAGAUGACAGUGGUGAGUCUGAAGAUGAAGAUGAGCUGAACAAGGAAAUGGGCGAAACAGAAGAGGGCGCUGAAAAGCUCGACGAUCAGAUUUGGGGCGAUGAUGAGGAAAAGCAGCCCGAAGAGGAGGAGCCCGACAUGAAUGAAGAGGAUCAGGGAAAGGGCACCAAAGAUGAGAAGGAUGACCAUAACGAUCUGGACACCAAGAACGAUGCGGCAAAGGAGGAUGGUAAGGACGAGCACGAGAAGGAUGCCCUCGAUGCGACAAGCGAGCCAAGUGGCGAGGAUAAGCGUAAGGAGCAGGCCAAGGAUAUUGAUGAUAUGAAAGAGCCAGAACUAGAUGAGGAGCAAACGAAUGCCAUGCACAAUGAACUCGAGGAGCCACCAGAACCCGAGGAAAUGGAUUUGGGCGAUAUGAACAACGUCGACGAAGGUCACGACAAGGACGCCGACGAGCCAAAUGAUGAGAAUCCUUUUGAUAUCGACGCCAUGAAGGAAAACAUGCAAGCAGCCGAUGAGCCCGAUGAGGCAGACGCCGACGAAGAGGAAGCUAAGGAGAGUCAACCCGAGUCGGAUGAUAGCGACUCCGAGGCUGAGGAAGGCGGCACUGAAAAUGAAACCACUCAAAAUGCCAAAGACAAUGCUGAAGAGGAAGAAGCUUCUGCCGAAGAUGAAAAGGAACAGGAAGAGCCCGAAACCCAAACACGUGGUGAAUUAAAUAAAGAAGAGGAAGAGCAGGAAGAACCACCUGUCGAGCCAGAGGCACGUGAGGAGAAACCAGAGGAGCACGCACAAUCCAAGGACAAGUCCAGCAAGGAAGACAACGUGCAAUCCGUUCCCGAUACCGAGCAGAACAGCUCAGCAGAACAGAUGCAACAACAGCAGCAAGAUGAAAAUAUCAAACAGGAGCAAAAAAUGGACGAGCAGGAGACGGGCGAAGAAAAGGAUGGCGUUGGACAGGCCGAAAAUGAUACAAACGAUGGAGGCCAUCAGGGCGUAGCCGAGACUAAGGAAACAAUCUCCCAGGAAGAACGUAAAAAUGAAAAGCAAACUCAGGAGAAGCGUAAACAAGGACGCACCAAUGAGGAACGCACUUUAGGAGAAGCGGAGCAGACCAAAUUAAAACAGCUCAAGACAAUCGACCAAAUGAAAGAGUCCAAGCAAAAUGAAAACGAGCAACAGGAUCAAACGGACGAAAAUGUUGAGGCCGAUGAAUAUCAGCAUGUCAAGGAUCCAAAGAGCAGCGAUAAGACAACGUUGGACAAUGCCACAGAGGAGCAGUCCAAGCAAAUCAAACAUCAAGAGGAAGAAGAGGCGACAGAGGAGGAAAACGCAGACGUGGAAAAUGCAGAUGAACUAAUGGCCGACGAAGAACCAACAGCGCAUGAGGAGGAAGAUGCUCAACUAGAGCAGCUUAGCUGUGAAAAAACUGACCAAAAGUCUGAGAAACCCUCGAAGACAGAGCAAGCCAAGGAACGCUUGGAAACACCGGAGCAAAUGGAAAUCGAGGGCGAGGUAGUGCCCACAAUGACGGUUCCACGCAGCACUGAAACCACUGCGCACAGCAAUACGGAGUUGCUGCUGGACAAGAGCACACUGGCUCAGGAGCUGAGCACAACCGAGCAAAUUGAACUACGCCAAAUGUAUCAGCAACAGUUGACCAGCUCUAAUGCCAUAUUACCGCAUCACGAGGAUUAUGAGAGCUGGUCCAGCAUAUCAAAUCGCAUGACCCAAAAUGCUCGAGAGCUAUGCGAACAGUUGCGUCUGAUAUUGGAGCCAACGAAAUGCACACGCCUCAAGGGUGACUAUCGUACAGGACGUCGCAUCAACAUGAAGAAGAUUAUACCGUAUAUUGCGUCUCAAUUCCGCAAGGAUAAGAUUUGGUUGCGUCGCACGAAACCGGCACAGCGUGACUAUAAAAUAACAAUUGCCAUUGACGAUUCCAAGUCGAUGCAUCAUAACAAUUCCAAGACCCUGACACUAGAGGCAAUUUCUUUGGUGUCACAAGCGCUGACACUGCUGGAGAGUGGCCGCCUGAGUAUUGUCUCGUUUGGAGAAGCGCCGCAAAUAAUUCUGAACCAUACGGAACAGUUUGAUGGACCGCGUUUGGUGAGCGCCCUCAACUUCGCUCAAGAUAAAACCAAAAUCGCGGGUCUUCUCGACUUUAUACGCACCGUGAACAUCGAGGAAAGCGGUCUUGGUGGUGAUAAUGGACUAUUUGAGAAUCUGCUGCUCAUAUUGAGCGAUGGUCGAAACAUAUUCAGUGAGGGCAAUCAGAAGGUCAAGAAUGCCAUUAAAUUGGCACGACUGCAGCGUAUAUUCCUCGUUUAUAUUAUCAUCGAUAACCCGGAAAAUAAGAAUUCCAUUCUGGACAUACAGCACGUGGAGGUAAAUGCUGAUGGUUCGGUCAAAAUUAACUCAUAUUUGGACAGUUUUCCCUUUCCGUACUAUGUGAUUGUACGUGACCUAAACCAACUGCCACUGGUGCUAAGCGAAGCCAUGCGACAAUGGUUCGAAUUAGUCAAUAGUGAAUAAUAAGUUAGUUUUUGUAUAUAGUCAGCAUAUUGGACGCAGUUGAGCCAAUAUUCUAUUUUGACAAACUUGUACACAUUA